AUGGCCUCCAAGGAUGGUGACAUUAUCAUUGGCGGAAUCUUCCCAGUGCACGAGAGCGUCAAUUUCACAGACACCAUCGAUGGACGGCCUUCCAGACGGGUCUGCACCAGGUAUAACGUAGCUCGAUUGCUCCAGACCCUGAUGCUGAUAGAAGCAGUAGAGACCAUCAAUAACUCCUCAUUGCUAGGCAACCUGACCCUGGGCUACCGAAUCGUGGACUCAUGUGCAGACGUCACCAGGGUGCUGUACAUGACCCAGAGAUUUCUGGACGUUAACAGGACCAUGUUCCAUGAUAUUUGCAAAACAGAGAACAGAACUCACAGGAACGACUGGCAGAACGCUUCCCUGAAGCCCGUAGAUGUCGUCAUAGGAGGGUCCCACUCUGAGAUCUCCAUCGCUGUUGCCAGGCAACUCUCCAUCCAUGUGAUCCCACAAAUCAGUUAUGCCUCAACUACAGGAUUUCUGAGUGACAAAUCUCGCUUCCCAGCUUUCAUGCGAACGGUCCCCGAAGACAAGUAUCAGGCACAUGCAAUUGCAGACAUCCUGGAGAGAUAUGGCUGGAACUGGGUGGGCGUGGUGACUACUGACGGCGACUACGGACGAUACAUAGCCAACCGCUUCCGAGAGCGUGCCAAGGAGAAAAACAUCUGCAUUGCCUUCAGUACGGUGCUGCCUGACAUCCUUGAUGCCUGUGACCUGAAAGAUAGAGUCAUGGAAACCAUCAAGAAGAUCGAAGAUGACUCCAGGAUUGGAGUCAUUGUGUCCUUCGCCAAGGCAGAUCACAUGAAGGACAUAAUGAGGCUGAUCAGUCCCAACGCCAAAGGCCGCACCUGGCUAGCCAGCGACAACUGGGCGACAUCUGCACCUCGUGUGCUGGAAAGCUCCAACCUGACACUCAAGGACAUCGGCAGUGUCAUUGGGGUGACCUUGAAGUCUGCAACCUCUGAGAGUUUCAACAGCUAUCUGGACAAUCUUAAUCCCAAUUUGGCUGCCAAUGAGAACAACACCAUUUUGCGAUGGUACAUCCGGUGGCUAAAGAGCAAAGGCAAGAGAGUCACUCAGCCUGAUCUGGGCAAGCGGCUAAAAAAUAAUGUGUACCCCUAUGCCAUCUUCAGUGUGGGCAUGGCAGUCAAGGCCAUUGCGAACAUGACAGAGUGUCUGGUCUGUCCAGACAAACACUGGUCCAGAGAAGGCAGUCAUGAGUGCCAAAAGGAAGAAGAACUAGUUUUCGACUGGGAGAAACCCUUUGCAAUCAUCCUGGUGACGUUCUCGUCACUAGGCAUCAUACUCACACUCGUGGUUCUAAUUCUGUUCCUCACUUGGUGGAAAACUCCAGUAGUGAAGGCGUCAGUUGGGCCUGUUUCUGUCCUGCUCCUCAUGUCUUUGCUUGUUGCCUUCGCCAGCACCAUCCUAUUCGUGGGCAAUCCCAGCAGACAACAGUGCCAGGCCCGCCAGGUACUGUUCGGCCUUAGCUUCACCGUGAGCGUCUCCUGCGUCCUGGUCAAGUCCUUGAAGAUUGUCCUGGCCUUCCAGGUAGGAACGUCAGGGAAGCCAGCCCUCGCCAAACUCCUCCAGCCUUACCUGAUCAUUGGUGCCUGUGUCUCUGUCCAGGUGGCAAUCUGUGCCACCUGGCUCACCAAGAGCCCUCCUCAACCCAAAAGAGGGGAGAGUAUAAAUGGUCAAGUUGUUCUGCUGUGUGAAGAGGGCGAGAAUGGAAACUUCCUCUAUUUCGGCCUCAUGUUGGGGUACAUCGGCGUCUUGUCCCUGGCAGGGUUUAUCAUUGCCUUCAAGGGUCGCAAGCUGCCCGACUGCUUCAACGAGGCCAAGUACAUCAGCUUCGGCCUGCUCAUCUACCUGAUCUGCUGGGUGCUUUUCGGCCCCAUCUACGCCCAUGCCAAGGCGGGUGAGUACCAGCCAGCAAUGGAGAUGAUUGUCAUCCUCUUCUCUGCAUACGGCCUCCUUGGCACGCUAUUCCUGCCGAAGUGUUACAUCAUACUGUUCAAAAGAGAUGCCAACACCAGGGAGGCCUUCCUUCGCUGCAUACGGCUGCACAACUGUCGGGGGUCUCAGAAGCCCCCUGACUCCAUGUCCACCACCACAUCAAAUAUCACGUCCAAUGUCAGGUCUAAUGUCGACGCAGCUAACUCUCAAUCCACCUCCUCCACCUGCUCUGAUGACAAUGGGAACACAAUGUAA